AAUUAGCCUUGCGGAGUCUUCCACAGUAUGAUGCUGGUAGGUGCUAGACUGGUGAUUUAACUCCAUCCUUUGAUUAUUGGAAGAUACCUGAUUUUGCUUAUGCUUACCGGUCUAGGCUGGCCACUCCAUCCAUGGUUGCAGAACGUGUGAUUUCAGACAUGGAAGAGUUCAGCAAUAAGAAGCCCCCGGCACCAUUAUUGAUUUCUUUUGAUGCCGAAGAAGUAAGAAAGCAAGCUGCUGCUUCUACUCAGAGGUUUGAGGAAGGAAAACCAUUGUCAAUCCUGGAUGGGAUUUUUGUCUCAAUCAAAGAUGAUAUAGACUGUUAUCCACAUCCCUCAAAGGGUGCAACAACAUGGUUUCAUGAGGUGCGCCCUGUUAAAAAGGAUGCAGUUUCUGUAUCAAGAUUACGUAGCUGUGGUGUGAUUUUUGUUGGAAAGGCAAAUAUGCAUGAGCUGGGCCUGGGAACGGCUGGAAACAAUCCAAAUUAUGGUUUUACAAAUUGCAAGCUUCGUUCUAUGGCUAUUAUGGACAGUAGCGUGUUAGGAUCAGAUUCCUCAACAACUAACUAUCCAGGAAUGGUCCCUCCUGGGCCUGACCUCCCUAGUGCGGCUGUGGAUGAUGAUGUUGUGAAUGAUGAGAAUACAGAGAAAAAAAAUAUCCAAUUCUGGAUUGUCUUUAACAAAAAAUGUCUAGUCCAGUAAGCUUUACAGGGAACAUAUUGCUACGUUGAAUUGAAGCUCUCCUCACAUGACAACAUGAUCCUUUCCCGGGAAGACACUUGUAAUGUAUGCAUUUUUGGAUUUACAAGAUUCUGCAGUCAAUUUUACAGAAGGCGCUGGAGUUUUACUGGUAAAAGAACAGAGGUAUGCGUAUCAAGCCGCCAGCUCUUUUUCUAGUCCAGAAAUGGGUUGCAUGUAAUGUAAAGUUGUGAUGAAGAUUGUACUGUACCUUCUCAAAUUUUUCUCGUGCAUCUGAAACUGAAAAUUGCUACUGCUGUCCUUAUAUUUCUUCUUAUAUAUAUAUUCAGAUGUAUUCUUGCAACUUUUGUAUAAUUGAGGGCACUCCAAAUGACAUUGUUUCACUUCCCCCUUGCACCCCGACUAUAUUAAUAAAGCCAUCAAC